AUGAGAAGCGGCGGCGGCGGUGGCGGCGCGGUGACGGACUACGACAAGGGCGGCGGUGGUCUCCUCGCCAGCAAUCCGGAAUGCCACUCCGACGAGGCUGACAGCCGCAGCGGCGACGGCGGCAGCAAAGGCUCGGAGGAGCGAGCUCUGAUGAACAAGCGCAGGAAAUCCUCCGCCGGCCCAGCGGCGCCGCCGGUCGCCGGCGGAGGAGGAGACGGGUCGACGGUGGAGGUCCCCCGGCGGCCACGUGGGCGACCGCCGGGGUCGAAGAACAAGCCGAAGCCACCGGUGGUGGUGACAAGAGAAGCCGACGACCCGUCCUCGCCGGCGGCGAUGCAUCCCUACGUGCUGGAGAUCGCGGCCGGCGAGGACGUCGUCGAGAGCCUCUCCCGCUUCUCCCGGCGGCGCCGCCUCGGGCUCUCUGUAAUGGCCGGGAGGGGCGUCGUCUCCGACGUGGUCCUCCACAGCUCUGCCGCAUCGCCUCCGGGGGCGGCGGCGCCGUCGCCGCCCGCCGGCCUGAGUUUCCGCGGGGCGUUCGAGAUCCUCUCCGUCUCCGCCACCUUCUUCCCCCCCUCGACGGGCUCCGUUCUGCCGGCCGGCGGCGGCGCCGCCGGGUUCUCCGUCACGCUGGCCGGCCCCCACGGCCAGAUCUUCGGCGGUCUGGUGGCUGGCCCGCUGAGGGCCGCGGCCACCGUGACGAUCCUCGCCGCCACAUUCUCCAGCCCCUCAUACCACCGCCUACCGGCGGAGGACGACGUCUCCGUCUCCGUCUCCGUCUCCGUCAACGGCGAGCCUUCGCCGGCGUUCACCCCGCAGCGCCACCAUCUUCAACGGCAACAACCACAGCGGAGCUCCUCGCCGCUGCCUCCCUCCUCGCCGCCGGCAGCUCAGAACAACCACGUACCAGAGCCCUGCGGCCUGUCCAUCUUCAGCUCCCACCUGCCAUCGGACGUCAUCUGGGCGCCGGCGGCGCGUUCGCCGCCCUACUGA